UCGUAAUUCUCCUUCUCCGUCUGUUCAAACAAACCAUGAGUACGCCCAACAUAAUUCGUUCGGAGAAGAUUGGUUCCACGUUGGCUUUCAGGUCUGCAUUCGAGGUUCUCGACGGAGAUGGUGAUGGGAAGAUUAGUAAAGAAGAUUUGAAGAGAUUCUUCGAAGCUGCGUUUUACUUUCCCAACGCUACUUUUCACGACGAAGACGAAAUAAUCAGAGCAAUGAUUUCGUUGGCGGAUUCCAACAGCGACGGGUUCGUGGAAUACGAUGAGUUCGAGAGACUUUUGGGGUUGUUGGAGUCGAAACAAACGGCGGCGGCGGAGGUAAUGGGCGAUGCUUUUAAGGUUAUGGACAAAGAUGGAGAUGGGAGAUUGAGCUAUGAGGAUUUGAAAAAUUAUAUGAGAUGGGCUGACUUAUCUGCUGAAGACGAAGAUAUCAAGGCUGUGAUCAGAUUUUGCGACAGUGACGACGACAAUAAUGAAAAUGAAGGUGUUUCUUUCGAUGGUUUGCUUAAGAUUUUGGGUGUUGAUUUUGCUGCAUGAUAAUUAGAAAUUAAU